CUCUCCGCAGGUUGCCGUCGUUGGAUGAACUUCAUUGAUCGAGACGAACACUACCGUGGUGGCUUCAGAUUGACACUCCCGCCAUCCCAUCUCAGCAUCGCAUCGUCAUUCUAAACGAACCAUUCAGAUUCAACCCGUCAAACAUAACAAUUAUAACUACAUAAUACUCGAGCCGCCAACUACUGCUCCCUGUUAAAUCGCCUACCAUAUCUACGCAACGUCCCCGUCACCAUGAUUUGCAGAGCCUGCCUUCGUGCUAGCAGAGCUGGCCUCCGCUCCGAGGCUUCCCAAAGACUUGCCUCUUUCCAGACGCCAAGCAGGGCUCUCUCUUCGCUGGCUUCUACACGCCUCGCUGUGCCUGCCGCAUACUCUACCUCUGCUCUUCUUCAACAGCGCGCCAUUCAGACCCCGGCUCGCCUUGCCUCGAGGACAUACUCUACCGCAGCUUCGGAACAGCCUGCGAGCGCUGUCCCGGAAAAGCCGGAAGACCUGGAUGAGGGAGAGGCCCAGGUUUGGGACAUCUUGAUCCGCGAAUUUGCGCCCACCAACCUCGUCGUGCGAGACAUAUCGGGAGGCUGCGGCUCCAUGUAUGGCGUCGACAUCUGCUCUGAGAAGUUCCGUGGCCUCAACAUGCUUAAGCAGCAACGCCUGGUCAACGCCGCUCUCGGUGACCUGGUCAAGCAGUGGCAUGGCAUCCAGAUCAAGACCAGCGUGCCUUGAAGAAAAGAAACAUGGGAGGAAAGUAAGAGAAGGAUGAUUUUAUAUUUUUCAGUGCCAUGUACACCACUCGAUACCCAAAUGAACAACCGCGCCAAAGCUCUUGAAUGGGCGUAGUGCCCUACCACCAAAACAAACUCUCAUCUGAUGCCAAACUCGAAAAUACCACCAUGCCCGUAUCAUCCUGCACGAUUCCUCAUGAUAAAUCCGACGUUUCCUCAUUCUCCAUUUCGAUGCCCAUGAUACCCCCAGUUCACUGCUGGAGCCGACCCGGGAUCAGGUCCCUUGUUGAAUAGUGGUUGUCUGGGUCACCCCCGCUCGGUUCGUCAAGACACCCAACCCCAGACCCAAAGCAGAAAAGAAAAAAAAAAUUGAACCAUUCCAUUCAGAUGAUGGAUGAAGGAAAAAUGAAAGCUUGACAAGAGUGGGAUUCGAACCCACGCCCUUUCGGACUACGGAUAUGAGAUUUAACUCAGAUUAAGGGUUAACCUUAACGUAGCGCCUUAGACCGCUCGGCCAUCUUGCCUAUUGAUGAAAAUGUCACUCAAUUCUAGUGUUGACAUACCCUAUUGCGGAUAGCCCUCACUUUCACUACGGCGGCGGAUAUCAACCCAUUAAGGUCCCCGAUGAAUGACCAUGCCAUGCGUCGUGGCUUCACCGAAGAGCAUUAUGUCGAUCUAUAUACAGUUCGAGAGAAGAUGAAAAGAUGUCCUUACAAUCGUAGCAGGUGUGUACAGUCCAAUAAUGCUCUGUUUGUUUGCAAGAUACUAGUCUUCCAAGGAA